CCUAAUUCUGCUCGGCUGUUCAAAUUAGAAACAUUAUUCGUUCCUACAUUAUGCCAGGACUAUAGCUCCGUAAAUGACACAAAAAAAAACUAAAAAAAUAAAUAGAUUUGAGCUUAAAUUUUUUUUUAAAUGUUUUCUUUUUCAUGCAGGAUGAAAAUCAUUUUACCUCAGGGGGAACUUUCCACAAACGGAAGACGGACCAUGUCAGACACGCACUCCUGUCGUUGCAAUGCACGCUGGGAGUAGUAGUGUUUAAACUAUGACUUGAACGGUAACAUGCUGCGUUUCGAACUCGUUUUCCCAUGAUGCUUAGCGGGGGAGAGGCGGUGUAAGUAACCAUGACAGCUGUGUUGUUGGGGGCGCUAGCGCUAUAGCAUAGCCGCUCAAAACAGUCAACUUAAGCCGAUUUGAGAGUAUUUACUGUGUAAAACCACCAAACGGGUGGCUGCCUCGACAACGUAAAACAUGUUUUAUUCAGACGCAGCAAUGUUAGGAAGUGUGUUUAUGAGGGAGUAACGAUGCUCCUGCGAGGCUACGUGUCAGCUAACCUUCAGCACGCAGCCGCGGUAGCAACAUUUGUGACGCUGGUGGAAAUGUCACGCCGUUUAAACUGCUCUCCGUGGGUUCAACAUGCGGGGAUGGGAAGGACUUGAGCGAGGGAAGGAGGAUGAUUUCACGCUACAACAGGAGACCGGUGUCGCACAAGCUGGAGAUCCGUGGGUUGUCUCGCAGCAGCCUCAGCCACCACCCUCCCCCCGAGGAAGCGGACACCCAAAACCCUCAGUGCUCCCUCCAGGAUGUGGAGGAAGUCAUUACCAUCCGCCAUGGUUCCGAGACAUCCUGCGCCUCCAGCCCUUCUGACUGUCCCACGGGCAUGUCGGUGGCCUCCAGCCAGUCCUGGUCGGGCAUCCACAGCUCAACUGGCACAGGCAUCUCCACCGAGAGGAGCUCUGUCUUCUCCUGGGGCUACGAUGAAUUCGACAAGGCGGCGUCACGACAAGUGCAGCAAAUGUUUGAGGAGAUCGACAAGCAGCUGUACGAGGGCGAAGGCAGCGGCGUGGGGAUAUUGCCGGGACUGCAGGACGAGUGCCAGCAGUGGGCCGAGCGCUUCCCACAUCUUCGGAUCCUGGGCACCCAGCUGGUGUGUCCCAGCGACGAAGGCUUCCAAUGGUACGGGGUCAGCAGCAGCAUCCCUUCAGUAUCCCAGAAGUCACCAGACAAAGAAGACAGCAGCACAGAUCUUUUUGUGUCUCCAAGACUGAACGUGAAAGGCCGGAGCGCGGCGAUGCAGAAGUCCAACUCGGCCGAUCCGAACGGCUCCGGCGACAGGCCCCGAGUGAUCGAAGCGGAGGGCCACAUUGAGGAGUACCUGGCCUUUGACAGCAUCAGCCUGGAGGACGAGUGGAAGUGCUCCCAGCCAUGCCUGAGGCCCCGCUGCAUGCCUCCCGUCUCGCCGUACAGGUGUCGCCGUCAGGCUGUUCUCGACCACUUGUUCGACGACGUGUGGAGGCAGCUGGUGGGCUGCACCAGAGAGCUGGUCCAGCGCCAGUGGGAGGGCCAUGCCACCGAUGACGAGAGGCCUUCUAGGCGCUUGAGUCCUCCGCCAUUGUUCUCCACACUGCCCGCCAUGCUGCCCAAGGUGAGACAGAGCAGAGCGCCACCUUUGCCUACGCUCGCUACCGGCCUGCAGUUCCAGAGGUCAAAGGGCUCAAAGCACAAGUCCCGAUGGAAAUCCAAAAAGCAGAAAAGGCCGACCAGUGCGGGAAAGGUUCAGCACAACCUGAAUGACCUCAUCACCAUCCACAGCAUCCCGCUGCAGCAGAGGAACCUGACUGCGCUGGACAGAACCCAGGAGACGGAAGAGAGCAUCCCCUUGAGCCCGUCGCCCGUCGGCAAGCCUCGCACUCGCCGAGUUCUGGAGUAUAGCUCUUCGUCGUUGACCCGCCCACCUCAGUCGGCACGCCGCAGGAACCUUCCGCCCCGGACACUCCAGCCUCUGGCUCCCAGUCUGAGUCAGUCCAGCACAAUGGGGUCCAUGGAUGAGAUCAUUCGGGGCACACGGCUACCCACGGCCAGCGACCGGCUGAUGUCUCCGUUGUUUGCACUGAGCAGGAACAUGCUCCUACCGCCCAUCGGCGCCGGCGACGUGGGGUCGGAGCAGCAGCCCAAAGCUGCUCAGCGCCAGAAAGGCCCGUCGAGCCGGGCCCACAGCGCUAUAAAUGAUGAGGUUGCUAGUUCAAUUCCAAGGGAUCGUCUCUACCCACUGGAUGUCUUCUCCCGCCCCAACACCACACACACGUACAGGUCGGACACGCCUUACCGCCGCUCCUUCACGGUGCUGGACAACAUCGGGCAGGGGAGGCCUGGUAGAGCCUCUGUCGCCACAGAUUCCCUUGGGAUCGGUGUGACCGGCGUCAGCCUCGGCAUCGCCAGCUCGUCUUUCCUCGACUCGUUUUCCCACCACCACCCCCUGGGCCACUGGCCAAUCAGGGAUGAGGAGCUCCAUGCCCCGCUCCCAGCUCCAGUGGUGCCCGUGUCCGUCCCGCCUCGGUCUCACAGCCGGGGCGGCUUCUCAUCCAGACUCAGCAGACCUGGACUGUAGCGAAUGGCUUUAAAAGUCUCCAUGCACUUCAGCCACUCUUCUUUGUACACAGCGGUCAAGUGGCCACCUUUUUAUUUUAUUUUACAGAAACGCUUCACCAGAAAGGUCUAUUUUUGUAUUUUCAGUCAGCUCUGGCGGCUGCCAAAACCAACCAGCAACACUUCAGCCUGCAAGAGGUGUGCUUAUUUAACUGUGACAAAGCAGGGAACACAAAUAAGACUAAGCUAAAAACUAACCUUUAGUACUGUAUUUUGUAUCAAAUAAAAUGGUGGCGUGUUUAUAAGUGGAUUGUGUAUCAGUUUAAAUUAAGGCCUGUUAUCACCACUUUAAUUUACAUUUAAUCAUUCUAGACUAGUGAUAUUCAAACUGUGGUACACGUACCACUAGUCAAAGUGGUGCAUAGAGAGUAUGGCCGACUCGAUUGCAGGCGAUCUCCUCAAUGAUUGGUCACUCAUGUGACCACAGGGCGCCAUGACGGCUACUCACUUUGAGCUGAUGCUAUGUGUUAGGGGUGUCAAAGAUAA